AGUUUGUUUAUACUAAAUUGUUCGUUUUAUUUAUCAAAUGGAUAAGCGAUGUCAGUGUGGAAGGAAGCAGGUGCCAAGAAAAGUGGAUUGCACUACGAAUACCUCAUUUAUCGAUAAGAAUGAUGAGAUCGAUGAAAAGGAUGAGAUCGAUGAGAAGGAUGAGAUCGAUAAGAAGGAUGAGAUCGAUAAGAAGGAUGAAAUCGCUGAGAAGGAUGAGAUCGAUGAGAAGGAUGAGAUUGAUGAGGGUGAGAUCGAUGAGAAGAAUGAGAUCGAUAAGAAGGUUGAGAUCGAUAAGGGUGAGAUCGAUAAGACCGAUGUCUCGCGAGAAAUGGUUGUAAAGAAUAAUGAAAGUGCCGCUAAAAACACGAUGUCUAGGAAUUCUGUACAGAAAUCGAGAAGUAAUGCAAAACCUGUAUUCGAUGUUCGAAUGACUCAAGUCAGGCGAAUCUCCGAUCUGGAAAACUAUCAGAGGGGACGCGUCUUUGGCGUCUCCGGUCCCGUUGUAAAUGCCGAGAAGAUGGCCGGGUCCGCAAUGUACGAACUGGUCCGGGUUGGACAUUUUCGUCUUGUUGGAGAGAUAAUUAGAUUGGAGGGCGAUAUGGCCACCGUUCAGGUGUAUGAGGACACCUCUGGCGUGAGUGUUGGCGAUCCCGUCUACCAGACCGGCAAGCCACUGUCCGUCGAACUGGGUCCCGGCAUUAUGGGCAGCAUUUUUGAUGGCAUUCAACGUCCGUUGCGCGUCAUCAACAAGCUGACCAAUUCCAUCUAUGUGCCCAAGGGCAUCGAUGUGAACUGCUUAUCACGCAGUGCUCAAUACUCUUUCCAGCCGUCUACGCUCAAGGUCGACAAUCUGAUCUCGGGUGGUGACAUUUACGGCACUGUGCAUGAGAAUAGCAUGAUGGAGCACCGCCUGAUGCUGUCACCUCGUGAUCAGGGCAGAAUCACCUGGGUGGCGCCUCCCGGCAACUAUAGCAUACAAGAUGUGAUCAUUGAAACCGAAUUCGACGACAAAAUCAGCCAGCACACAAUGCUACAGGUGUGGCCGGUGCGACGAUGUCGUCCAGUUGUCGAAAAGUUACCUGGUGUCAAUCCUCUGCUAACUGGACAACGUAUUCUCGAUGCCUUCUUCCCCUGUGUCCAGGGCGGCACCACAGCAAUUCCGGGUGCCUUUGGCUGCGGCAAGACUGUCAUCUCCCAGGCUCUGUCCAAGUACUCCAACUCGGAUGUCAUUGUGUAUGUCGGCUGUGGCGAGCGUGGCAAUGAGAUGUCCGAAGUAUUGCGUGAUUUCCCCGAGCUGACCGUGGACGUCAAUGGUGUCCCGGAGUCUAUAAUGAAGCGUACGGCUCUGGUGGCCAACACUUCAAACAUGCCUGUCGCUGCUCGUGAGGCAUCCAUUUACACGGGCAUCACGAUGUCCGAAUAUUUCCGUGACAUGGGUUACAACGUCUCCAUGAUGGCUGAUUCCACCUCCCGUUGGGCUGAGGCACUGCGUGAGAUCUCCGGUCGCUUGGCCGAGAUGCCAGCUGAUGCUGGUUAUCCAGCCUAUUUGGGUGCACGUCUCGCCUCGUUUUAUGAACGUGCCGGUCACGUAACAUGCUUGGGCAGUCCGGAGCGAGAGGGUUCGGUGUCGAUUGUGGGCGCUGUUUCACCACCAGGUGGCGACUUCUCCGAUCCGGUUACCUCGGCCACGUUGAACAUUGUGCAGGUAUUCUGGGGUCUGGAUAAGAAGCUGGCGCAGCGCAAACAUUUUCCCUCAGUCAACUGGUUGCAGUCAUAUUCGAAGUAUAUCCGAGCCCUCGAUACCUACUAUGAGACCGAAAGUCCGGAGUUUGUUGAGUUGCGGGCAACGGCCAAGCAAAUAUUACAGGAGGAGGAUGAUUUGGCCGAAAUUGUGCAGCUGGUGGGCAAAACGUCGCUCAAUGAGUCGGACAAGAUAACGUUGGAGGUUGCCCGCAUCCUUAAGGAUGAUUUCCUGCAGCAGAACUCGUACAGUCAAUACGACUGCUACUGUCCCUUCUACAAGACGGUGGGCAUGCUGAAAAAUAUGAUUACCUUUUACAAUCACGCCAUUAUGGCGGUGGAACAAACAAGCGGUCAGGAGGCACACGUCACUUGGGGUCUGAUACGUGAACGGGCGACAGAUGUCCUCUACGAGCUGGGCACCAUGAAGUUCCUCAAUCCCAAAGAUGGCCAAGAGGUCUUGGAAAGGGAAUUUGAGAAGCUUCAUGAGAAAAUAAUCAGCACUUUAAGCGACUUAGCAGAGAAUGUAGCCGCCUAUAUUUAGUUUAUCAUCGACUGCUGUACAAAAUUAUUUUAAGUUACCGAACGAUAC